UGCGGCAAAGAAGUCACAAGGAGCCACAGAGUCUCAACACUGACACAGUCUCAUUGAAAAGGCUGGAGAAGUAUAAAUAUAUUGUAAGGACUGUCCCGACGAGCAGCGAUGGUUUGCGGCGGAUUCAUUUGCACCAAGAACGCUCUCUGCGCUCUCAAUAUACUUUAUGUUCUGGUGAGUCUGCUGCUGAUUGCAGUGGCAGCCUGGGGGAAAUGGUUUGGCAUGGUCUCCAGCAUCAGGGUGGUGGCGGUAGUCAUCGGCGUGGGCAUCUUCCUGUUCCUGGUUGCCUUUGUGGGGCUGUGUGGCGCCCUGAAGCACCACCAAGUCCUGCUCUUCUUUUACAUGAUGAUCCUGUUCAUGGUGUUUGUCGUGCAGUUUUCGGUAUCCUGUGCUUGUCUGGCCCUGAACAAAGAACAACAGAACCGUUUGCUCGAGGUUGGAUGGAACAAAUCUGAGGCAACUCAAAGGGAUGUAGAGAAAACACUCAACUGUUGUGGCUUCUCUAACAUUAACUACAAUGGCUCGUGUGCUGCUAUGUGUUUUCAAAACUCUUCCCAGUCUUGUGACAAAUGCUCAAACAUCAUCCAGCAGUAUGCAGGAGAGGUGCUUCAGUCUGUGGGUGGUAUCGGCCUCUUCUUCAGUUUUACAGAGAUCCUUGGAGUUUGGCUCGCCCACAGAUACAGAAAUAUCAAAGAUCCUCGAUCAAAUCCUGGAGCCUUUCUAUAACCACUCCCAAUUUAAUAAACCUGAAUAAUUGCACUUCUAUAUAAUUGUUUUUCCUCUUAACUUUGUAAACCACACAUCUUAAAGCGAGACUGUAACUUUUGCUCUAUAAAUACCACUGUAGCCACAAGUGACCAUUACAGAAUAAUGAUGGCUAAAGUAUAACAGUAACACAAGUAAAGAAAAGUCAGCGUUAAAAUCAACAAACCGUCUCAGUAAAGUUUGCUCACAGCUAACAUUAGCUACUAGUCACACCAGACUGAGUCAGGCUGUAACUACAACACCCCUGUGUAUUGAACUUUGCAAAGUUUAUUAUUAUUACUUAUUCAAGUUAUUAGUUAGUAAUUCAACUUUUUGUGCGUAAAAAGAAUGAGGUGUUAUUUUAUCUUUCAGAAGUUAUAGUCUCACUUAGUAUUUGCUGCUCAAUUACUUUCAUUGAAAUUAUUCAAAUUUUGCUGUGUAUCAUCUGUGUGUGCUCACCAUACACACACCUUGUGCAAAUAAAGUCCAGGUGAUUAGCAUGA